AAACCCUCUGCGCGCGCAAGUGCGGGAGGCCGCACGCUGGUUCGGGUUUCCCCGGCUUAACCGGCUGCUGGUUUGCAGCGCGGGAGCGGAGGCUUGAGAAGGUUGCACGAAGGAGGCGUGCAAGCGUUUAGGGCAGCACCUUGCAUCAUUAUCAUUAUUAAUACCCACGCACUGCACAUUUCUGCUUAUUUUUUUGGAAUACCAUUACAUUUGAUAACUGUUAACGACUGGACGCGAGGAAGCACGUGGAUAAGGAUGUCCGAAAAGUGUUUUGGUUUGUUUUUGUUUUUUGGCACUGCAUGGCACAUAGCGCCCUGAAGGGACCACAUGAAGUGGUCACAGGAAGAAGAAGAAACAGCCAAGGAAAAAGCCGCAGAGAAUUCACUCAUCAGAGUCCAACCAGAGCUGCAAGCAAAGUAUGAGAGAGAAGCCAGUAGAUAUUGGAAUGAAUUUUACAAGAUCCACAAGAACCAUUUUUUCAAAGAUCGCAAGUGGUUGUUCGUGGAAUUUCCAGAAAUUCUCCCAGAAGGAAAAUCUGACCUUUGUAGAAAAGUGGCUACAGAAAACUUGAGAUGUACUGGUUUACUUGAAGACAACCAUCUUUGUGAGGAUAAUUCUGCUGCAAAAGUUUCUUCCGUUUUGAGCGCGUGUUAUGAUAACUCUGCAGCUGAUGAGCAAAUUGUCAAGAGCACUGGAAAACAAUUUCCUGGCGCUGAUGCUGCUUACCGAAUAUUAGAGGUUGGCUGUGGUGCUGGUAACAGUGUUUUCCCUAUUUUGGAAGUGAUUCGCCACCAUCCCAGAGUCUUUCUGUAUUGCUGUGAUUUUGCUUCAGAAGCGGUGGAGCUCAUCAAGUCGCAUCCACUCAUCGAUUCCUCCCGGUGUUUUGCCUUUGUUCACGACGUGUGUGAUGGUGCCUCGCCCUACCCUUUCCCAGAUGGCAGCCUGGAUGUCAUUCUCCUCAUCUUUGUGCUGUCUUCCGUUCACCCUGACAGGAUCCAAGGAGUUAUAAACAGGCUGGCCAGAUUAUUGAAACCUGGAGGAAUGAUUCUCUUUCGGGACUACGGAAGAUACGACGCUUCUCAGCUUCGUUUCAAAAAAGGCCGCUGCUUGUCGGAGAACUUCUACGUAAGAGGCGACGGCACCAGAGCUUAUUUCUUCACAAAAGAUGAAAUACACAGCAUUUUCUCUUCGGCGGGCUUAACCGAAGUGCAGAACCUGCUCGAUCGACGUCUGCAAGUGAACAGGAAGAAGAAGGUGAAGAUCCAUCGGGUCUGGAUUCAAGGCAAGUUCCAAAAACAAGGGGAGCUGACUCAAGAGUAGGCAAGAAAAUGCUGCAGGUAAACACAGCUCUUAGCCUGAGAAGACAUUUCCCCUCAAACGUCCUGAUAAACCAGGAACGCAUUUGAGCAGAAACACUUUAUUUACCAUUUCCGCAUAUGUUGAUGUGAAUUGGACACAACCCAGAAGUGCGUGUGACUUGCCUCUUGCACACUCAUUGGGAAGGAAUUUCUACAUUGCAGGGGCUAGUUGAGCCUCAUAGUCCCUUCCAACUCUACAAUUCUGUGAUUCUGUGAAUGAAACGGUUUCGGCUGCUUUUGUGUUCCGUUCAUUGCUGGAAAGCAAUUGCUUUUUAAUUACUGUCCCGACCAGGAGAUUCAAAAGAUCGCUGGAGGGCCAAAGGUUUGGGUCAGGAUUUUGACAGUGAAGGUGGGGUGGGGAAAGACUAAAAGUGGAGAAAAAGAGACCAAAGGGGAAAUGAAACUUCAAGACUAAAAGAGGGGAAGGAGGAAGAGGAGGAGACCAAAACAAUUACGGGAAAGAGAAAGUUGAACUGAGCUCUCCUGCCCUUCGGAUUGGCCAACAGUUUGGUAGGAGAUGAGGAAUGAAUGCAGAGAAGUAAAGCUGGAAAGAGGAGUAAGAGCGUUAUUGUGGGAAGAAGAAAGCAAAACCACCCCUUCCCACAAAUACAUUUAAACAGAUAAAGGAAGUUAAUCAGCUGAAGGCCAGGUUGAAGACGAACGUUUUGCCUAGUGCCUUAAAGCUGUAUAAUGAAGGCAUCAGGCAAUCCUUCCCAGGGAGAGCAUUCGACAAACAGGGAGCCACUGCAGAGAAGGCCCUGUUCUCAUGUUGCCACCCUCUGGACACAAAGGCACACAAAGAAGAGCCUCAGAAGAUGAACUCAGGGUCCAGAUAGGUUCCUAUGGGGAGAGGCAGUCCUUUAGGUACCGUAUUUUUUGCUCUAUAAGACUCACUUUUUCCCUCCUAAAAAGUAAGGGGAAAUGUGUGUGCAUCUUAUGGAGCAAAUGCAGGCUGCACAGCUAUCCCAGAAGCCAGAACAGCAAGAGGGAUUGCUGCUUUCACUGCGCAGCGAUCCCUCUUGCUGUUCUGGCUUCUGAGAUUCAGAAUAUUUUUUUUCUUGUUUUCCUCCUCCAAAAACUAGGUGCGUCUUGUGGGCUGGUGCGUCUUAUAAAGCGAAAAAAUACAGUAUUUCAGUCCUGAGAUGCUUAAGGCUUUAUAGGUCAAAACCAGCCCUUUGAAUUGAGCCCAGAAACUAAUUGGCAGCCAGUGCAGUUGGGCCAUUUGCAAAGCUGACACGUGGUUAAAUAUCCUGAAAGAAAGGAAAGGACGUUUGAGGUUGUUGGGGGUUUUUUUAGCAAACUGGAAUUGGUUUGUGAGCUUUUGGAACACCUGUUUUAAUCAAAGCAUAUUUUUUUUUACACUUGUUUGGUGAGCUAUAUGAAGCAUAAGGUGAAUGGAUAUAAUAGUAUGAACUGUACAUGCAUAUGGAACAAUGUAUCUGGUAUGCAACCCUUUGGAAUUAAUAAAAAACAGAAAAUGUU